CAACAUGAAUGCAUUACUCACUAAUGCAAACCCAGCUGCCCUGGAGCCAGAUGAUCUCUACAAUAUGUUUGAGCCCAGCUUCAGCGAUGAAGGCUCCAAUGCUCGUGUAGAAGAAGAGGCAGCCAUGUUUACAUGGAUGAUGUUUCUCCAAGAUUGUGGAAGCAAUAUUGGAAAGUGCAAGCUUGAAGAUGUGCUUGCAUUUGUAACUGGUGCCAGACACAGGCCUCCCUGCGGAUAUGGUGUGCAGCCACAAAUUACUUUUUGUGGAGCAUCACCACUUCCAAGCGCCUCAACAUGUGCUGUACAAUUGGUGCUGCCAACUGGUUUGGGAGAAGAGGAAUUCCAUGACAAGAUGACGGAGGGAAUAUUGGGAGCUCUAGGGUUUGGCUCAGCAUAGUCUGUCGUGCCCAAUACUGUAUAGAGUGCCGUUGAGUGUUGAAUAUUGAAGAUCACGAUUCACUACAGUGUGUACAAUGGUCAAUUUUCUUCCUGAUCUCAUGUUAUGUCUGUUAUACUUAAAGAGCAGCUCAAGUUUGUCUAACUUAAUAUUUCUUUGAAUUGUUUUUUUAACUAUUUAACCUGAAUAUAUUAUUUUAGUUUUUCUUGUGAUGUUUGACCCACUUUGAUAUCUAGGAGGUGCUAUGAUUGUGCUAUAUAUUAAAUACACCGUGCAUCUAUUUGUUAUAUUGAUGAUGCAGCUCAGUUAUUUCGUUGCCAGUUUUUAUUUCUAAUAUUUAACCUGCCUGUAAUAUUAUAGUUUACCCUGUGAUGUUUGAAUCACUAUCUAGAAAGUGCUAUGAUUGUCUUUCUGUGUAUAUAUGUUAUACUUGUGAUGCAGCUCAAUUUCAGUAUUUCGUUGCUGUUUUUUUAAAUAUUUAACCUGCCUGUAAUAUUUUAGUUUGCCCUGUGAUGUUUGAAUCACUAUCUAGGAGGUGCUAUGAUCGUCUUUCUGUGUAUAUAUGUUAUACUUGUGAUGCAGCUCAAUAACAGUAUUUCGUUGCUGUUUUCUUAAUAGUUAACCU